AUGGAACCAUCUGUUAUGUCAAAUCCACCUUUAUCACUUUGUUAUUUGCCAUCGACUAGUUUUUCAUCUCCAAUUCUUACUCAUUUAAAUAUCAAUGUCGAAACUUUUGAUGAUUGUUUUUAUUUACUUGAUGGUCGACUUAGAGAAUUGACAACAUUGUGUGUUGAUGUCUAUCAUAUCGACACAUUUGAAGAAAUUGUUCACAAUAUGGAUAAAUUAUUGAAUUUGAAAUGUUUCUCAUUAAAAUCGUUCUAUCCAUUUCAACAAUACAAAAAAAUUGUUUUAUUUCUUCGUGAAGGUCGAAAUAGUAUCAUUGAUGGUACUUAUGUUCAACAUGAUAUUUUGGAUCAUAUGCUACAACUUCGUUCAUUCACUUUCUAUAUUUGUACUUAUGUCGAUCCGGAUGCUUUACCCUACAAGUUAUCUAGUGAAGAUAUUCAACAAAUAUUGGAAUACAAAAUGUCACUAGUAUGA